UCCACAGCCGGACCAAUCAGAAUCGACUCCAGACGACGUCCCAACCAAUGAGCUCGCAAGCUACUCUUGUCGAAAACAUGUCGCCCAUGAAGUUGUGUGUUCCAGGUGACAAGCUUUGCAGUGAGGGAGACUGUAAUCCAGGCGCAGGAGUAUAUCUGCGGCAUGGCUACAUUUACUCCUCACUCGCAGGCUUUGUGCUCAAGACAACCGAAGGCGAGAAGUUACCAGUGAUCUCAGUGGUGAGAGAAACAGAAGCUCAACUACUUCCAGAUGUAGGAGCCAUUGUCACCUGUAAGGUGACCAGCACCAACCCCAGGUUUGCCAAAGUCCACAUCCUGUAUGUGGGUUCCACACCGCUGAAGGACCGCUUCAGAGGGACCAUCAGGAAAGAAGACGUGCGAGCAACAGAGAAGGAUAAAGUGGAGAUAUACAAAAGCUUCAGAACGGGCGACAUUGUUUUGGCUAAAGUGAUUUCUCUCGGUGACAUUCAGUCUAACUACUUGUUAACAACAGCUGAGAAUGAACUGGGUGUGGUGGUGGCCCACAGCGAGGCAGGAGCCCAGAUGAUUCCCAUCAGCUGGUGCGAGAUGCAGUGUCCGUUGACUCACGCCAAAGAGUUUCGUAAAGUGGCUCGAGUCCAGCCUGAGUAUUUGGAAGCGUGACAGCCUGGACAGUCUUCACUUGGUACACGCAACUUCCAUCUUCCUUCAAGCAGCUCCUGCUCCAGCUUUUGUUUUUCUGUGCAUCAUGUGAUUCACGGGCCACUUCUGGUUUAAGUGUUUCAAACAGCUGCACAUUUUGUCAUCCUUUCAUUGUGCUUUUCUGACUGGUAAACAAUAGCAGUUAGUUUUUUACCAGCAGACCCAAGAACACAGAAGUUAAACAUGAUUUUUAUUUUUGGAAAGGGCCAGUAACGGUAGCUGGAAGAGCUCUACGCUUUAUGGUUCGUCACAAAUCGUGCUGGUGUUUUGCUGUCUUGGGCUUAAAGCUGAUGAAGACAUUUGUUCACUGUUGGAAAGCCCAGCGCUAAACCAAAUGUUUGAUGCAGCUACAGCGUAGAAAAUAAUGAAACGUUAAGUUACCUUCCUGUAUAUAACUGAGUCAACCGUACAUAAGCCUUGCCUUUUACGAAAAUGUACUUUGCUGUUUAACUUUCAAAAGUACAAUAAAUUAAAAUGACUGAUUCUA